AUGUUUUCUCCCACAGGCAGUCUCCUCAUGUAUCUCUUCGGCGUCCUAUUCAUCCGCAACUUCGUCCUCGUCUUCAUCCUGACCCUCCUGCUCCUCUCCCUUGACUUCUACUACCUGAAGAACAUUGCCGGCCGCCGCCUCGUGGGUCUGAGAUGGUGGAACGAAGUCAACACCUCCACCGGCGACAGCCAUUGGGUCUUCGAGUCCGCGCCCGAGGGCAGUCGCGUCGACAAUAAGACGGAUAAACGCUUCUUCUGGUUGAGCAUGUACACUGUGCCCGGGCUGUGGGUGGCGUUGGCCAUUCUCGCGUUGGUGAGAUUGCAGAAUUUGAUUUGGCUGGUUACUAUUGUCAUCGCCUUGGUCCUUACCAUCACCAACACCGUCGCCUUUUCGCGGUGCGACAAGUUCAGCCAGGCGUCGAGUUACGCAGGCUCUACUUUCUUCGGUGGAGGCCUCGCCCGCGGGUUGGCGGGGAAUAUGGUCGGACGCCUGUUCAGAUAA